UCGUUCCCGUCGUAGGCGUUUCCCGACCCGGGCGGCGUGGGAGAUCCCCGCGACCACUCCCCGGGCUCGCUCUGCAGUUUCCGGGACCCGCCUCUCGGCGAACGCCGCGCACUUCCGCGUUUCUAUGGUAUUGACUUCCGCCGCGAGCCAAACCUCGCGAUACUUCGGCGGCGCAGCAAUGGCGAGACCAUGCCGCGUCACUGCUCCGCCGCCGGCUGCUGCACACGGGACACGCGCGAGACGCGCAACCGCGGCAUCUCUUUCCACAGGCUCCCCAAGAAGGACAAUCCAAGGCGGGGCUUGUGGCUGGCCAACUGCCAGCGGCUGGACCCCAGCGGCCAGGGCCUGUGGGACCCGGCGUCCGAGUACAUCUACUUCUGCUCCAAGCACUUCGAGGAGAACUGCUUUGAACUGGUGGGAAUCAGUGGGUAUCACAGGCUGAAGGAGGGAGCAGUUCCGACGAUAUUUGAGUCUUUUUCCAAGUUGCGUCGAACAACCAAGACCAAGGGGCACAGUUACCCCCCUAGCCCCCCUGACGUCAGCCGGCUCCGGCGAUGCAGGAAGCGCUGCUCUGAGGGCCGAGGGCCCACAACUCCAUUUUGCCCACCUCCACCUGCUGACAUCACCUGCUUUCCUGUGGAAGAGGCCUCAGCACCUGCCGCCUUGCCUGCCUCCCCCACUGGGAGGCUGGAGCCUGGCCUCAGCAGCCCCUUCUCAGACCUCCUGGGGCCCCUGGGUGCCCAGGCAGAUGAAGCAGGCUGCAGCACCCAGCCUUCACCUGAGCGGGAGCCAGAGCGACAGCCGUCUCCGCUGGAGCCGAGGCCCAUCUCACCCUCAGCCUACAUGCUGCGCCUCCCUCCGCCCGCUGGAGCCUACAUCCAGAAUGAGCACAGCUACCAGGUGGGCAGCGCCCUGCUCUGGAAGCGGCGGGCUGAGGCUGCACUCGAUGCCCUGGACAAGGCCCAGCGCCAGCUGCAGGCCUGCAAGCGGCGGGAGCAGCGGCUGCGGCUGCGGCUGACCAAGCUGCAGCAGGAGCGGGCACGGGAAAAGCGGGCACAGGCCGAUGCCCGCCAGACUCUGAAGGAGCACGUGCAGGACUUUGCCAUGCAGCUGAGCAGCAGCAUGGCCUGAGGGCCGCCCGGCAGGGCCUCAGCCUCUUUCUCCCUCAGUAUCCACCUUGAGAGGAUCUGAUCUGAGCUGCGUCCACCAGCCCUGCCAGAUGCCAUAAUAAAGUGGAUUCUAGAAAGAA